GUUAUUGUUAGCCGCUGGCGUUGUAAGUUCAGUAUAAAACUACUAGGUCAUAGCAAAGAAAUCAUUCAGUACUCAACUGCUAAUACAAUAUUAACAAAAUGUUCUCCAAAUUGGUAGCUCUUUGCGCUGUUGUGGCGGUGUCGUCAGCUGGUCUCCUGCCAGCAGCCGUACACUACUCCCCAGCCUCCGCCGUCUCCUCUCAGAGCAUCGUACGUCAUGACCAACCUCAAGCACAUGUCGCCAAAUUAGCCGUCGCUGCUCCAGUCGCCUACCACGCUGCCCCCGUAGCCUACCACGCUGCCCCUGCCCCAGUUGCCUACCACGCUGCCCCUGCCCCAGUUGUCUACCACGCUGCCCCUGCCCCAGUUGCCUACCACGCUGCCCCUGCUCCAGUCGCCUACCACGCUGCUCCCGUCGCCAAACUUGUAGCUCAACCCGAAGAAAUUGCCUACCCCAAAUACGAGUACUCUUACUCCGUUGCUGACGGACACAGCGGAGACAACAAACAACAGCAGGAGUCCCGCGACGGUGAUGUUGUGAAGGGAUCCUACUCAUUCCAUGAAGCUGACGGCUCCAUCAGGUCUGUGGAAUACAGCGCUGACGACAAGAACGGUUUCAACGCAGUAGUACACAACUCUGCUCCCACCGCCGCUCCCGCCCUCAUCAAGGCUGCCCCACUUGUACUCAAGGCUCCCGUCUACGCUGCCCCUGCACCCCACUACUACCACCACUAAUAAGUUUAUAACAUGAAAUUACCAAUAACUAAGUAAUAUUUAUUCAAUAAACAAUAAUAGCAAACU